ACUCAAAAUGCAUUUUGGUUACACUGAAAGCAAAAACAGAAAAACCAAGUUUUGUGGAAAUAUUCACAGAAAGAAAAAGAGAAUGAUAGGGUUGGAAGAUGUGUACAAAGUGAUAGUGGCAGUGGUGCCACUGUAUGUUGCUCUAGUGUUAGGGUAUGGUUCAGUGAAGUGGUGGAAGAUCUUCAGUAGGGAGCAAUGUGAUGCAAUAAACAAGCUAGUAUGUUACUUCACUUUGCCACUCUUUACAUUUGAGUUCACUGCUCACAUCGACCCUUUCAAAAUGAACUUUUCGUUCAUAGCUGCAGACACCAUAUCAAAGUUCAUCAUCAUCCUGGUGCUUGCCCUCUGGGCCAAGUGCACUGCCAAGGGGAGUUUCUGCUGGUCUAUAACGAGCUUCUCUUUGUGCACUCUCACCAACGCUCUUGUUGUUGGGAUUCCAAUGGUGAAGCCCAUGUAUGGAGCCCUUGGUGAGGACCUAGUAGUUCAGUCCUCCGUGGUGCAGGCCAUCAUAUGGCUCACUUUGCUUCUCUUUGUCUUGGAGUUUCGGAGAACAGGAAUUGAAGGCACCACCACCACCACCACCACCUUUAAACCUAGAUCAAAAGCAAUGGUUGUUGACACUAAUAAUUUGACAGGUGAAGGUGGUGGAAGAGGGAAAGAUGUGGAGGAAAAUACUGUAGCUAUUGAUGUUAAAGAUGAGUUGCUGUUAGAAGAAACUGUUAGCAGUAGGAUUCCAUUUUGCAAGUUGAUGAAACUUGUGUGGCUCAAACUUGUAAUGAACCCAAACUCCUACGGCUGUGUCAUUGGCAUUUCCUGGGCCUUCAUAUCUAACAGGUGGAAUUUGGAGAUGCCAAGUAUGUUAGAAGGUUCUAUACAGAUCAUGUCAAAGGCAGGGACGGGCACUGCCAUGUUUAGUAUGGGUAUUUUCAUGGCACUUCAGGAUAACUUGAUUGCUUGUGGACCAAGUCUGACUGUGUUUGGUUUGGUUUUAAAGUUCAUUGCGGGCCCUGCAGCCAUGGCUAUCGGUGCCAUCGCCGUAGGAUUGCACGGUGAUGUCUUGAGAGUUGCUAUCAUUCAGGCUGCUGUGCCACAAUCCAUCACAUCCUUCAUUUUUGCUAAAGAGUAUGGAUUGCAUGCAGAGGUUCUCAGCACUGCGGUGAUCUUUGGCAUGAUUGUUUCACUUCCCAUCUUAGUUGCCUACUAUGCAAUAUUGGAGUUCAUACAUUGAAUCAAAGAUGCUUUAUAAAAGGGUCCGAAAAGGAUGAUUCAAACUUUUUUUUUCCCUUCAGAUUUAGCUUUUAAUUUGUAAUAUUAGUCUGAUUUUGAUUCCUAUUAGCUAGCCACUCAAUUCUGUCUCAUGAAAUGGUAAUACAAACC